UGGCUGAGAAGCUUCACCCGCUCGCAGUUGGCGCCUUUUUUUGUGGAACUUGAACUCGUGGGGCAAGAAUAAGAAGUAGGAGAGGGCCGGUAGAAGUCAUCGUAAGACGUCGACGUUUCGCGACAAGCCCCUCGUGCGAGUGUUACGAGAGAACCUUAGCGAUGGCGGAGUGCGACCUGGAGGGCAAAGGCGCCCGCAUUUGGUCGAUGCUGUUGCUGCUGGGAUGGAAGGCGCCGCCCGGCCUACGCGUCUCAAUGGGGCCGGACAUGUUUGUGAAGCCGAACAAAUGUGCCUUUGAGAACAUUACAUAUUUUCUAUUUUGUAAGCUGAAUCCAGUGCUCGCCAAGGAGCGAUUCAGACUGUGCAUGCCUAUUGUCGACAAAAAAAUGGAGCAAAUGUUUCGCAAAACAUGCAGCUCAUGGCUUCGAGAUAUAUCGGAAGAAAAGCAGAGUUGUGGAUUUCCGCAGAUUCAGCACUCCUUGUUUAUUUCUCCUGGGGGAAACCUGUUUAUAAACGUCAUGUACCAUUUCUGCAUUUACGUCUUGGAGAAACAGAUUUUGAAAGCAAAAAAUGUGGGCGAGUAUCGGUCGCGCAUGGUCCCACCGGCGUCAAUAAAGCCCAGGCUGAAUGGCAUGGAGGAUGUGGUGGCCGAGAGAUUGAUUGCCGACACGGCACUGCUGCGGAAAAAGACGUUUCAGCGCGUGCACCACAUGCAGGUGGACAUAGAGGAGUCGUGGAACAAUAGCAGAUCACAGGACAAAGAGUACAAGGAGCUCACAGUCCAAAUACAAAAGGAGGAGAAGAAUAUGGACCGUAUGGUGAAGGAUUGUGGCUACGCAUUGGUGAAUGAAGAAGGGGAUGCUGCAGUGGAAGAGUGCUUGGAUCGUAAAACCGAAGAGAACAAGAUGAUGUUGAAAGAGGUACGCGCCAUGUGGGCUACAUUGGAGGGGACGUUAAAGGCACUUGAGCCCAGUGUGGAGGCAGUGGGCGCUGUGUUGAGUGGAGAGGCUGAUCGCUACCGGCUGGACGGAGCCGCGGUUGACGUGAAGAUUCCACGAAUGCUGCUCACACUGUGUGAGAAGGAGAUAAAGCGGCAGCGUGUGCACAACGUGUUUGUGGCUGGGCGGCUCGACAUACUGAGCUUCCUACAGCUGCACAAGCUGGCGCUACGCCACUACAUGGACGAGCUGCACAAUACGGGGCUUCCUGACCUAACAAUUGCUGCCCGUGACCUUUACAGCCAGGCCGCCUCCCUGUCUACUUGCCUGGCGGAGAUGCAGACACUACGAAUUACGAUAGCAGGAGGGGUUCUCCCAGACUUGAAUAAGGCCGUGGCGGAACUGGACACUCGUUGGCAAGAAAAGAAAAACAAAGGGUUUAACCCCCUCGUCAUACAACCGGCGUUUACUUCGCUUCCGACAUUUCCACCUUUGUCGCUUGAGGUGCUGGAAGAAGACUCUGAUGAGAAUGUGCCUUCCCUCUUCCCGUACCCACGGAUGGAAAAACCAAUUGAUGUAUCUGCCAAGGCUGGAUCGCUUCAGGCAGAGGUCGAUUUACCUAUGUCAUCAGGCUUGAAAACCCCCAGGGCUCACUAUCCAAGCCAUCUCAACCAAACGGAGAGUUCUGAAGGAGAUGGUUCACGGGCUUCUCAACGUGGCCUACGUCAUAAACCUUAUGCUACAAUGACUGCACCGGCAGAGAAGAGGACUCUGAAGGGAGAGACCAGGUUGAGGAGGCCAGCAUGGAAGUCUCAAGCGAAGGACUUUAACCUCAAAGCAAAAAGUGCUAUGGAGCGGGCGCAUGACAAACUGGCAGAGCAGAUUGCAGAAGCAGUGACACUCGGGGUGGUCGGAGAGGGUGCGUGCUUUACAUUAGAGGGGGCGGAGGAUCCAGCCACUGCUAUGCUCAGCAAUCCAUUCACCAUCAAGUCGGAGCUGCAGAGGACACCUGUCCAGAUGGUUUCAGAUGUGAGGGCUACAUGGAGGGAAGACACUGAUGGACAGCUCUUGGAUAAGACACCAGAUAGUUUUACGGAUGCUGAUGAAAACAAACUGGCACAAAUCUCUGACGAGAAAUCCGACAAUACCUUAUUUGAGUUAGGACAAGAAGGCGACCAACACACAGAUUCUCCUGUGUCUGGUGUUUGGAGUCCCCAACCUCUGAACGCCUACAGGGCAAAUACAACGGAAUCAAAAAGGAUCGGUGCCUCGGAUAGGGACGCUGAAGUAAAUGGGAAUGGCAGCUUCUUACCAAGAGGAGAUUUAUCAAUGCAGCCUAAGAAGGAGCACCCUCUUAAUAUUCCCUUGCAUAAGAUGGAUGAUGGCAUUGGCUCGUUAAGAGAUUACCGGAGCGUGUUGGAAUGCGUACAUUCUUUGCAGGAAGAGUCAAGUUUAGACUGGGAACGCAACCUGCCACUAAAUUCUGUGGGAAACCAGGCUUCAACAAAAAAUGCAGAAUAUUUCGGCGAGCAUGCAGCAGAGGAGGACCUGAUGAUCAAAUCUUGCCCCUCGGAGAAAAAGGAUUGCAAUGAUUCAAAUGAAAUGUAUUUUAUGAGCCCAUUUACCACUACGACAGAUCGUUUAAAGAGAUUGUUUCAGAAGCCAGCUGAUAAGAGUGUGGACUAUUCACCAAUUCGGUCACCGCUGUUAAUGUCCCAAACCCCAUUCCUAGAUUUGUUUUCAGAGUCUGCUGGCAACAACGCCAGUUUUUCUCCACAUUUAAUGAAGUUUAGUGAUACAAUUACACUGGCCAAAUUGCCUCUUGAAAGGCAAGAAUCAACUCUGAAAAACAACUUACUGGACUUAAGCUUAGACUUGAUGAAGCCAGAGAUAGACAGGCAAGUUUUACCCAAAGUUUCAAACCAGCCAGAGGCUGAUGGCUGUACUAAAGCCUCCACGGCCUCGUUUAAGUCAUCCAAUAAUUGGCCAAAUCGAUGGUUGCAUCUGAGGAAAGAGAAGUACGAAAUUGAUGAUGCUGCCCAGUUUGGAAUCCUCAACGAGACGAUGCCUGAGCUGGGAGACAGCCACAGCUCCCCAGGUUCGCUGUGUGCCGAGGACAGCAUGGAGGACAACAGUGCAAUGGUGGCAGCGGCAGAGCAUCCGCGGUGUCCAGACAAUGGUGGUCAUGAUAGGUGGCAAGAUGACACGCGAUGGCUCUUGAAAGAUUUCACUUCCAAACAGGUGCCAGCAAUCGGUGGUAAAAAGGCAAUCGCUGAUGAAAUGGAGGCCGUAAAUGAGGAGCCGAGAGAGUCUGAGCUUGACGAAAAAUCAAGUAAGAAGGCCUUUUGUCUGGACGACGACUUCCUCAAUUCUUUUGCACUGGAUAACCAAGAGAUGGUGCACGGAGAUCGGCUGUCCGUGGAGCUGGCAAUAACACCCAACCUUUUAGACCAGCUGGACCUGGACUUCCCACUCCCACAAAUUUACUUGGACCGCUUUGCAGGGAGAAAAGUCGCGCCCGAGGGUGAUUAAGCAAUCAAGCCUUUCUGGGAAGUGAAACAUUCAACUUUGUACCAAGCAACUAAUGGGUAGCCAACACCGUACAUAAUUGUAUUGCUCACUGUGUGAGUACAACGUGCAUAUUUACAUGUUGACCGUGUUAGAACAAAGCUAACAUAGUACUUAUUGUUAGCUGUACUUAGUGUGUGUGGUUUUAUGUAAUAUUUUUUUUGCAAUUGUCCGAAAUUUUUAGAAUGUUAAAUACAAUUCACACUUUCAAUGUUUAAUAUUUUUUUGAAAAUAAACUUAUGAACUAA